UUCAAAGUGUUUUCUAAACUUUAAUUUAUGAUCACGCAUACCUUUGAUUGGAAAUAAGUUUGUUGCGGUAAAACUGUGCGUACGUUAAUCGUUCCCGUACUUUCGUAAUAGCGCCCUCUUGUGAUAUGGUGCAUUUUGUAAGGUCAAAGUGUAAAUUCUUCAUGAUUCCGAUGAUUCGUAAACAAUGAACGUGUACCAAAUUUAUCUCCCCAAAUCAAUGUAAAAUUAUCAGGUUUUCUAAGUCCCAAAUGUUGUAGUUUCGGAUCCAGCACAAUCGUGAACCACCACCACCACCUCCACAAGAACCAAAUACAGCAGCAAUAAAGUACAUGCCUCAGGGUGCGUUCAGAAAGGGACCGAAUACUUCGAAUAAAAACACUUGUGUAGCAAAUGACGUUUGCAAGGCUACAUGAAGGCCCCUGGUUAUUUGGGAUGCUACGAGGAUUGUACUGGUUUUUUUGGCGGUUGUAAUCGUGCCCUGCCGAUCGGACCAGUAGAUAGCGACGAUCAAUCUGUGGAGCGGUGCUUUAAGAACUGUCUAGAUACGCGUACAACGAGCUACGAGUACGCGGGACUUGAACACAAAAACGAAUGUUUCUGUGGAAAUACUGAAGACUACGGCAGAUUUGGAAAAAAGGCGGACUCUCAUUGUCAAGACACUUGUACGGGAAACAGCGACCAGAUCUGUGGAGACUCAGACCGGAUCUCUAUAUACAGAGUUUCGCAAGGAGUAUGCAGUAAUGACAUAGGACCACCCACCAACGGAGCCCAUAACAUCACCAACCCGCGUUCACUGUCUUACAAUCUCAACAACUUCAAGUUCUUCGGGACUCGUGUAGAUUUCUCCUGUGACCCUGGAUAUACCCUCCAUGGAGCAUCAAGCAUUGAAUGCAUUGAGACUGGCUACAACAACGUCACGUGGAGUGACUCGGUACCGACAUGUGAAGCCUCAGCAAAUCUAACAACACUGAGCGCUUAUACAUCGCCUCAUAGUACCACCCCAUCGCAAACCACAACUACAUUUCACAUCUCCAAGCCAUUAACAGGGUACACUACUGAUGUGGGCGAGUCACAGACACACACAACCCAGAAGACCUCUUCAAAGAUUCUAUCUCCGACCCGGGAAAGCACAAAGGCUCCAGAUCAUCGAACAAACAGUCCUAUCGCUGGAAAGUUAGGAACAGGUGAAGUUGCUGGAAUUGCUGUUGGGGCCCUGGUAGCAUUAACUGUGCUGAUAGUGGCAGUGUUUUUUCUAUGGAGAAAAAGGAUCAGGAAGCCUAAAGAACAGAAGGGAUCAGACAUUGCCUUGGAUACGGUUGGUGCCCAUUACGUAAACCACACGUUCGCCAACCCUAUCUUGGAUACCAGCGGCACUGCACAAAGCCAAGGCGAUCGCGACAAUGCUCCGCCCGUGUACAGCCAAGUCGUCAAGAAGAGACCCGCCGAUGAGGGCGCCACACUUUCGGUUCCCCCUCAAAAUGACCAAGACGGCGACAGCGGGUGGGUUGACAAUGAAGUGUACGGAUGCGAAUCGUUUCCGAUAGAGAUUGAGGCGAGAAACAAAGAUAGAGACGGACAACCAAACGACCAACCGCCGAUUACCAUGGAAGGAAAGCCGGGAUGGGUGGAAAAUAUCAUCUAUGAAUAGUAUGAUCCUAAAGAAUAACAUCAAUCAAAGGCACUAGAAUCAUUUGCAAUUAUCCCAAAAGUAGCAUACCAAAUUAUUAUCAAAAAGCUUACUUGGAUGAAAGAUCGUUCUGAAAAUUUGCCUCAUAUUGGUACAAAUUAUUGACAGGCUGUGAUAAUUUUUUUUAACUGAGGGUUUGGUGCCUUGACUGACAUUGAUAGAUAAGGUGGUUCAGCGCUGGUGAGAGCAUGUAAAUGAUGGAUGUAGUUAAGUAACGAUGAAUGCACAAAAUGGUUCACUCAUGUUUAACCCCAGCAAGGCGCGGUUCUAGAUCCAAUAUUUCAGGGGGGGGGGGCUAAACCCUUCGCAAAUAACGUCACUUUAUAUAUUCUGAACAUUGCAGAACAAGCCUCUGUUUUCGUUAAAGUUUUUUUCUUGGCUGUUUCGGCAUUUGCCAAACAGCCUUUGUUUUUGUCAAGUUACUUUUUUCAGUCAUUUCCCAUAGCAUUUUUAGGCCUAAACGUUUUCAUCGUGCAUGGCAUUUUGGGCACAACAAUUAAUCCGAUUGCCUUUAUACUUGGCACACACUUGGACUAGCACCUGCAGAUGUAUGCUGAACAUUGACGUCAUCAUGACGUCAUAAAAAGGUGGAUUUUGAAAUACAUAUAAUGGAAUGUCCGAUCGUUAUGAAACUUGGUGGGUAGGUAUAUUUACUGGUAUACAAAAACCGAAGUGACGUCAUCGUGACGUCAUCAAGUAAUUUCUUAAGGCCUAUUUUGACACAGGUAUACAGGUUCGAGUUGGUGCUAACUUGGUAUGCACCAACAUCGGGAUGUGCAAACUAUCAGUCUAUAUCGUGACCUGAAUUUACGUCAACAAAAUUCCGAAACAUUGUCUAGUUUUCAAUAGCAUUUUUGGGGAAGGGCCAAGCUAGACUAAAGCAAGCCCCCCCCCCCCCAAGAACCGCGCCUGAUCCCAGCAAAGGCAUUGUCCUCUAAGAUGGCUGCUACACAAGUUGUAGAAGCAUUCAAGGUCACCCUAUCUAUCAAACCCCUUCAAUUAACAGGUUUUGAAAGUAAUGUGGUUUAAUCCAUGGGGCUUUUGGCAGUUGGUGACAAGCCUGUUCAAAAGUCAGAUAGGAAGUGGAUAUAUUUUUUGACGGUUUGUCACAGGGCUAUCAGUUUAGAAGGGCUAAGGGGAAGGCGCCUAAUACAAAAUACAUUUCUUAAUUUCUUCUUGCUAUGAAUCUGUAUUAUCUGUGCUAAUGUGAAUAUGUAAACAUUCUUUAAAAAUAAAAGCCAUGCAACAAAGUGUUUUUUAGGCGUUCCAUACUUAACAAGAUUUUCCAAGUAAAGGCCUAUAUUACUAGGUGUAUUGAAAAUUUAAUAACAACGCAGGGUAUACAUUUACAAGGUCAAAAACCAAAGUGAGUACUUUCUUAUCGGCAUCAGUCCUAAAAUGCUUUUUAGUUUUCACGUUGGCCAAAAUGGUGGUAUAUGUAAAAAAAAAAAAAAAAAAAAAAGCCUCUAAUAAUAUCGACCAUUUUGUAUUUCCAACAUGCACAGCUCCACUUUAAAAACCAUAAGCAUAGGAAGUUAUAGCAUUGUGUAUAAUUAUAAAACUGUUUACGCAACUUGUUGAAUUUCCUGACAUCAAUUUUCAGAUGAGAGAUCCGCUUUCGUGUUGGCAGAGCAGGCCUAAGUUUUCGUGAGUUUCGGAUUGUAUGCUAAUUGUAUCAUAUUUAAUUUCACAGUUAAUAAGCUGGUUUCGAAACAAGUCGUGAUGUUGAUAUAUAGUGCAAAUAAUAAACCUUAUAGCGAGUUUUUUAUCUACAGGUCAUUGGCAGUUCAUUGACUUUCCUGAAUUAAAGGGGCACUCCUUUAAUUCAGUGAUGAUUUACUAAGAGACCGUCCAUCAGUAACAAGGGCGGAUCCAGAACACAA